AUGCCUGAUACUACGCAUCGCCAUGAGGAGGACAGGAGCGAGGAAGGUUCUGUGGGAUUACCAGACUUGGGCGACAGCAUUGAUGCCAUGACCUUUGAGCAGAUCUUGGAGAUGGACGACGACGAGGACGAGCGCGAGUUCAGCAGGUCGAUUGUCUUCGGUUUCUUCGAGCAGGCUGAGCAAACCUUCGAGAAGAUGGAUGAUGCACUGGAAAAGAAGGACCUCGCAACCCUCUCGUCGCUCGGUCACUUCCUGAAGGGUUCCUCGGCUACUCUUGGUCUGACAAAAGUCAAGGAUAGCUGCGAAAAGAUCCAGCAUUAUGGACAAUUGAAGGACGAGGCAGGCACGGCAGAUGAACCAGAUGAGGAAAAGUGCUUGGGAUUAAUCAAGGAGACGUUGGUCGCAGUGAAGGAGGAAUACGCCGAGGUCGAGAAAGUGCUGAAGAAAUUCUAUGCAAGCUGAAGGGGCGACGGUCUUUCAACCACGUUCUCGCCCCAGGCGUUCAUGGCCAA